AUGCUGCACUUGUUCUUCGCGGUGGCGUUUUCAGCGGUGCCGUUGACGCUCUACAUCCCGCCGGUGAGGAGCUUCAAUCUGUUCGUGGAGACCAUGGAAGCCAUAGACCUCAGAGGGCUUGGGGCCGUGCUAGCCGGAGACUCCGAAUCCCAGGCUGCCAUCGGCGUCAUCGGGAAAAGACACGUUGGCCCUCCGAUUCUUGGAGAAGCUCAGUAUUCUUCGAGGGAUGUUCACGGAACAUCGUUCUUCCAUUCUUAA